AUGCAAAAGGUAUAUGCUGAUUAAUUCAAUGCAAGAAUGCUAAAUAAUGAUAUCAAACAUUGGAUUAUCGGAUUUGAAGGUGCAAAAGGAACUCUUUAUUAAAGAGAGAAAUUUGAGUAAACAUUUAGAUUGAUAUUUUAGAUUGCAAUUCAAAUUCUCAAAUGAAUAUGUAGAAGUACUUGAUUCUUAUUUAGCUCUUUUUUCUUUGAAAAUAGCCAAUCGAAUCACCUCAAGCAAUAUUAAUAAUCAGAAUAUUUAGGUCAUUUUUAUUGGUAAAACACCUGAGCUUGAACAUAUUUAUUCUGUUAAUCAAUAUUAUUUGAUGGUAUUUACAUGUUAAAUAAUUAUUUUAGAAUGGUCAGCUGCCUUAAAUGUAUCAUCUUUAUGUCUCUCAAUCCAAUCCAUGUUAUCAAGUGCUACAAAAAAGUAAAGAUUAUUGUUAAUAUUAUCAGAUGAAACCUCUAAAUGAUGCAGAAUUUGUAAAGAAAGCAGCAAUUAGAGGUUCAAAGAGUUUUCU